AACAAGCGAGAAGAUCAGGAAGAAGAUGGGUGAUGCAGCAACGGUGGGAGGCGGCGGAGGCUGCUGUAGGUUCGCGUGGCAAGUCCUCCGUGGGGGGUGGUUCAUGAUACCCGCGGCGUUCUUGGUCAUGGCGGGUGCCGGUGCAACUUACCUCUAUGGAGUCUACUCCAAAGACAUCAAAGCCAGGCUGGGCUACGAUCAAUCGACGCUCAAUCUCUUGGCCUCGAUGAAGGAUCUGGGUGCCAAUGUUGGUAUCCCCGCGGGCCUUUUAGCGGAGGUGGCACCCACCUGGGUCGUCCUUCUCGUUGGCUCCAUAAUGAAUUUCGGCGGAUACUUUCUCAUAUGGCUCGCCGUCGUUGGAAAAAUACCGAAACCGGCGGUGUGGCAUAUGUGCAUGUACAUCUGCCUGGGAGCGAAUUCCCAGAAUUUCUCCAACACCGGUGCACUCGUCACCUGCGUCAAGAACUUCCCGGAGGCCCGAGGAAUGAUGUUGGGUCUCAUGAAGGGUUUCGUGGGGUUGAGUGGAGCGCUGUUCACACAGCUCUACUAUGCAAUCUAUGGGAACGACUCCACAUCCAUGAUUCUUCUCAUUGGGUGGCUUCCGUCGGUGAUAUCUAUUGUUUUCCUUACCACUCUUAGGCCAAUGAAGGCCUCCACUCAUCCGCGUGUGCUCAAUGUUUUGUAUCAAAAUAUGUAUGUGACCGUGGCUCUAGCUGCGUUUCUCAUGGGCUUAAUAAUCGCUCAGAAACAAGUUCAAUUCUCACAGACUGCCUAUAUUGGAAGCGCCAUCGCUGUCAUUGUCCUAAUUUUACUGCCCUUUGGUAUAGCUGUGAGGGAGGAGCUUCUCGUUUGGAGGGAGAAGAAGCAGCCAGUGGCAGCGCCCACUGAUAUUGUGAUUGCGAAAGAGUCUAUGACAUUGCCGGAAAGUCCUCAGACUGAUACACAAAAGGAAAAAGAGGGGGCUAAAGAGGAAAUGCCAUGCUAUUCAUGUACAAACGUCUGCAACAAGCCCAGUAGAGGCGAAGAUUAUUCCAUCUUUCAGGCCCUUCUGAGUACCGAUAUGAUAAUUAUGUUCGUGGCUAUGUGUUGCGGACUGGGCUGCAAUUUAACCACAAUGAACAACCUCGGCCAGAUCGGGGAAUCCUUAGGCUAUAAAAAGAACACAAUCGGCAUCUCUGUCUCACUGGCCAGCAUCUGGGGCUUUUUCGGGAGAGUUUUCACGGGAUUCAUAUCUGAAACCCUACUCCUGAAGAAAAAAGUUCCCAGAACCCUUUUCAUGACAAUCUUCCUGCUAUUGUCCGCCGUUGGUCAGCUCAUGAUCGCCUUCCCAUUCCCUAAUUCAGUGUACAUUGCAUCGCUGGUAGUCGGGUUCUCUCAUGGAGCCCAAUUGACACUGGUUUUCACCGUUGUAUCUGAGCUUUUCGGACUGAAGUACUACUCUACUCUCUUCAAUUGCGGCCAACUUUCCGCCCCUCUGGGAUCUUAUGUCCUGAGUGUGCUAGUGGUGGGAAAGCUUUACGAUAGAGAGGCGGUAAAGCAGCUGGGGCAAAAGAGUAUGAAAAGAUCAAUGACCGAGGAAUUGACAUGCAUUGGAACAAAAUGUUACAAGAUUUCUUAUCUUAUAUUGGCUUGUACAAACGUCUUUGCAGCUUUCGUUUCGCUGAUUCUGGUUUGUCGAACUAGGAAGUUCUACAGCGGGGAUAUCUAUAAGAAGUUUAGGGGCGAGACGGAGAAGAAUGAGAAUGAAAAGGAAAAGGAAAUGGCUGUGACUGCUGGCACCAGAAAGCAGCAAGAAGAUUAAAGUAGGAGAUCUGAAUAUUGUUUACACUUUCUUUCUUUUUAUUUUUUCUUCUCUCCAUCUUUCUUUAUCAUUUUGGUUAGCCUUUGUAUCCUUUUAU